GUAGGUUUGUUAUGGCGAAGCGAGGCAACACAACAUUAGCACUACGUUUCGAAACACAUUUUUAUGGUCGAUGAGGUCCAGAACAUGACGACUGGUGCCGAGUACCGCUCCAUCUUUCUUCUGUCCCCAAAUGACGAGGCUCUGAGCGGACUGAGAGAAGUGAAGUCCAUCCUGAGGCAGGCUGUAAACACUCACCCAGCCUCAGACGAGUUGGAAGACAAAUCCCCAGAAGAUGACAGACAGCUGGAGUCCAGCCUGGUCAGAGAGGUGUCGGACAAGAUGGUCUGCUCAGCCUGCAAAUGCCCCUUUAUCAGUCGAGAGGAACAGAUGGAGCACUACAAGCUUGACUGGCAUCGCUUCAACUUGAGACUAAAGAUUUCGGCGAUGCCACCAGUCACAGCUGAGGAAUUUGAAAGGAAGACUGGAGCUGGAGACAUGUCGAGCAUCUCGGGCUCCGAGUCGGAUUCAGAGGAAGAAGACUCGGAUAGCGAGAGCGGAGGAACAAGCAGCAAUGUCACCGGCACCGAUAACGAGAGCUCAGUUGAAACCAGUUUAUUUACCGGCCGGCAUCCCAACAAGGUGUUUUUCCAGAACUCGGCCGGACAAUAUCUGACAGUGUACCGCUGCAUUCUACGGGGACAGUCAGGUGAUGAGGAAGAAGUGGGAUCCUUCCUGAGAGUCAUGAGUGUGAACACUGUGUGGGUCAUUCUCAUGACGGGUGGAGGCCACUUUGCUGGCGCUGUGUUCCAUGGAAAAGAAAUCAUUCAGCACAAGACCUUCCACCGAUACACGGUGCGAGCGAAGCGCGGCACCGCGCAAGGAAUCAGAGACUCUCAGAACCGCAGUCACGCGCCGAAGUCUGCAGGAGCUGCUCUGAGGCGAUACAAUGAGGGGGCGCUAGUCAAGGACAUCCAGGAUCUUCUGGUCAGCUGGGCUGAACACUUGACGGAAGCCUCUGCGAUAUUUGUACGAGCUCCCAGCUACAAUAAGAGCAUCUUUUUUGGUGGCCGUGCAGCUCCGUUUGAGAAAAAAGACCCCAGGAUCCACACGCUCCCCUUUCCCACUCGCAGGGCGACCUUUCGGGAGGCAAAGAGGGCUCAUGAGGUGCUUUCCACCGUCCGUGUUUAUGGGAAAGACACGGACAUGUCUGCAGUCUUUGCUCCAUCUAAGAAGGCCUGGAAAAAAAGUAUCAAACCCACAGCACAGAUAAAUAGAGAUGAAGAGAAAGCAGAUGAAAACCACGAUAGCUCUGGUGAAGAAGAGGGUGGAGACAUCCAGAUGGAGAUGGUGGAGCUGACAAUAGGAACUCUGGACCUCAGGGAGUUUGAAAUCUAUCCCUCCAGGCACAGGAGAAGACAUAGGAGAAAGAGGGAGGAAUCCAAACUGCAGAAUGAGGAAUUGAGUCACACAGAAGCAGACAAUCAAGAAGAAGUGCUAGAGGCUGCACCAGCAGAAGAUGCCCCUCAAGAGACCCAAUCAAAGCACAAGAGGAAGAGGAAAGCACAGAGCCAGAAGCAACUAGAAGAAAGUGUUGAUGAGUCGUCAGAGUAUGGCCUGAGGGAUGAAGUGUUCACAGCCUGUAAGGUUGGGGAUGUGGACUUUCUACGUGGGCUCCUUCAGCCACCUGGAGAAACGGCACAGAGUGGAGACUCUUCUGAUGUGCCAAGUCCUCUAACGCUCCUCAAUCAGCCCAUAGACUCGUCGGGGUUCACUUUGCUGCAUGUUGCCUCAGCUGCUGCACAGAAGGCCGUGAUCAGGCUGCUCCUGGAUGCAGGAGCUGACCCAGCCUGCAGGGGUAACAAAGGGCAGACCCCAUAUAUUGUCUGCCCUGACAAAGACACAAGGAAUGUCUUUCGUAAAUACAUGGCCGAGAAUCCGGACAAAUAUGACUACGUCAAGGCCCAGGUCCCUGGGCCCCUAACGGCAGAGAUUGAAUCCAAAAAGACGGAGAAGAAAAAGGCACAAAAGGCAGUGAAAAAACAGCGAGAGAAAGAGCAGAGGGAGGAACAGAGGAAACAAGAGUCGGAGGCAGAGGAAAAGAAGAAGUUUGCAUCUCUGACUGAUCGUGAAAAGAGAGCUCUGGCAGCAGAGCGGAGGUUAGCAGUGCAAGUAGCUGCAGCAGGAGAUGGCCUAUCUAAUGUCAAGAGGUGCUGGUCGUGUGGAGAGUCUCUGCUCGGGAAGAUCCCAUUUCAGUACCUGGAUUAUUCGUUCUGCUCCCCUCCCUGUGUCCAAGCACAUCGAAAAGCCCACGCUCUUCCAGGCAACACCUAACACGUUUAACAAAAGAAAAUGCAAAUUGGGGAAAAAACAAAUCUUAUUUAAAGAAGAGAAGGAAAAAAAACAACCAAGUGGCAAGUUUCUGUCUUCCCUUUUCCCGAUUAAGAUUUCAGAAUUUUUGAUAAACAACUAAGAAUGAUGAAAGAAAUGAAAAUCAUCUUUGGCUGGAAGGAAGUGCCCUCAUUAAAGCUAAAGUGAGAUUUGGCAGCCUUGAUAGAGAUCUAAUAUGUGUCUUGCCAAUGUGCUAGUUUAAUUUUCAACUCAAAACAUGGAUUUGAGAUAAAAAAGAUUAUCACGUCAGAUGAUCUCAAGACAACUCGGGGAAUAAACCAUAUUAAACAUGAUAAAUGUAUAAUUUAUUCACAGUAUCAGCAACUAUGGAAAUGUAAAUAAGCAUACAAAAAACAAAACUGUAAUACUGUUAUGUCAUUGUCAUUUUUUCCACAGUGAAUGUUGAACAUUAAAGACAAAAUCCUCUUUGCAUCACUGUUUGACUGAUUGGCUGCUGUUUUAAAGCAGUGGACAUUGGAUUGCUAUGAUUAUGAAUUCAGUCAAACUUGCUUCAUUCAGAUGGUGGUAUGUAGCAUUCCUUCAGCUGCAUGUUGCGCUCCAUUAAGACUUUUCAGCAAUGACAUUAAGCUGAGGCCGGUCCAUGAAAAGAGCCCGUAGGUGUGCUGGGGCCCUCUCCAGCUCGAGCACUGUGAUGUUGUUGGGUAGGGUGGUGCUGAGCAGGGGUCCAGGGAUAUAAAGAGUCUGUUGAGGGCCCCUUGCUGGCCAGUAUCGUCCCAGAUUCACACCAUUAAUCCAAACCUGACCCUGAUAUAAAAAAGGACAAAAUUAUUUUUUUGCCUGGAAUCAUGAGGUAAACCCACAAGGAAUAAACACCCACCACCCAAAAAAAAUUCCACAUUACCUUUGUCCAUUCACUGAGCUUGAGAAAGGUAUCCCAGGCCAGGCCGUUGGGCUGUAAGGUCCCCAUGUACAAGACUGGUCCGACUGAUGU